AUGCAGACAACGAACACCGUCCGCGGCUACUCCGAGUUCUUCGCCUCGGGCUUCCGCGCAGUUACCAACCGGCGCGCACGACGCACAUCGACAUCGUUCUCCUCCUCCCCCUCGUCGGCCGCUCAGCGCAGCGUCGCGCUCGACUUUGGCCAUGGGAUCGUGGGCAGCGCAAACGUGAACACCAUCGGGUUUGGAAUCGGAUAUGCGCCUUCCUCCUCCUCGUCCUCAAAGGGCCCUUCAAAUUCAAAGGCCACCUCCACCUCCCCGUCUGCAUCCUCUGCGGCUAGCGCUGGUGCACGACGCACACUCGCCGACAUCACCCAGCGCCGCCGGCCCCGGCCUACAUCCAUGAUCGUCCAGGACACCAUCCCCAAGGUUCCCAAAGCACCCACCUCACCCACCUCUCCAACCACAGCAACACAUAGAGUAAGGGAGAAGCGCCACCGCCGCUCGUCCUUCGUCUCCUUCUCCUCGCGCCUCUUCGACCGCAUCGCCUCUCCAUUCGACGAGAACGGCUCCAUGUUCUCCCGCUCGUCCGCGAGCAGCAGGCGGUCUUCGCGGGCGUUCAACAACAACGCGGAUGGUGGUGAUGAGGGUGCGGCACCCGAGGUAUGGAUCACAGCUGGCGGUCCGUACACGCCGUCGGCGCCCAACGGCAGCCCGCUAUUCCACCACACCAUCGACCCAUUCGCCCCCUCCACCUCCGCCUCGCCAUCCACCAAGUCGCUCUUCAUCGACCUGUCCUCCUCCUCUUCCACUUGUCCUUCGCCCUCUCCCCAUCGCCAUCCCUCACCCUCGCCUCACCCCUCCGGUGCCCCCGCCAACAAACGCGAAUCCUUCCUCUCCCUCACAUCCACCAACUCGAACCGGUCCUCCCUCAUCCUCCCUUCCUCCAACUUCAUCCCAUCAAUCCCACUCCCACUAACAAGGAAACGCGAGCGGCCCACCUCGAUCCAGACCAUGCCCCUCCCGUCGCGCAGUCGCGCGUCCUCGUUCUCAUUUCCUUACUCUGUCCCCAUCACCUCGCCACGCAAUGUCACGCACGAAAAGGACACCACCCUCGCAAGGGACAGGGACAGGGACGCCAAACCCGACUUCUUCCUCAUCCUCGAGGAGGAGCCGUCCUCCGCCGCCGCAGUUGACCUCUUUUCCUCCUCGCGCAAGGCUACAGGAAAUGGAAAGCUCUUCGCUUGCGACGACGACGAGGACGGGGACGAGAGCGAGAGUGAUGAAGAAAAUGGUGGCGGAUAUGGUGGAUGGGACGCACCGGCGAGCAUCGACUGGCGGCAGUUCCAUAUCGACCUGCUGACGAGUGACGCUUGA